AUGGAGAUUUUUGGCUCUGUGUUACUUCUUGUACCAUGUUUUCCUCCUGUUUCUGCAACCUUUCCACAACCCUCUCGCUCUCUUGAAGCAUUUGCAACUGUAGGUGGAGGGCCUAUACAGGCAAGAAAACAGGGUUUUCUUGGCCUUGACGGAAGAAAAGAAUUGGAGCUUAUUGGUGUAGAGUGUUUCAACAAUCUAGUGAUGCGCUCGUUUUUCCACGAUCUAAGAAAAGAUAAGGAUGGCCACAUAUACUAUUGUAAGAUGCAUGAUCUUGUUCAUGACCUUGCACAAUUUAUCACUGAUAAAGAAUGCUUUCUUAUAGAGAUGAAAAGCAAUAAUGAUGGUGAUCAGUUGCACAACAACAAGAAGUUCCGCUAUUUAUCUUUGGUAUCAGGCGAGGAGGCAAUGAAUUCAAUUCCAACAUUAAGUGAACUAUGCAAUUUGCAAACCUUGAAACUUGACAAUUGUGAGUAUCUUAGUAAACUUCCCCAAGGGAUUGGAAAAUUGAUUAAUUUGAGACAUCUUGAAAUUGAGAAUACUGUCUGUCUCAACUGUCUACCUCAAGAAAUUAGAAGAUUAACAUCCCUUCGAACAUUAAACAGAUUCUUUGCUUCUGAAGGAUGUAAGAUUGGUGAAUUGAAAAACCUCAAUCUUCUUCAAGGAAGUCUAGAAAUAACAAGGCUGAAGAGAGUGGAAAACAAGAGCGAGAGCUACGAGGCAGGAUUGAAGAAUAAGCAAGAUGUUCGUAGCCUGGUGUUGGAGUUUUCGGAUGAUUCACUUGGUGGAGUCAAGGAAGUGGAGAGGAUGGAGGAUGUGCUUCAAGGCCUUGAACCACAUCCCAACCUGGAAAAAUUAAGCAUUUAUGAAUACCCUGGUUUCAAGUUGCCAAGUUGGAUGAGUGAUAAUUCUGUGUUGUCUAAUUUACAGUCUCUGUCUCUGUCUUGUUGCUGGAAACUUAGACAGUUACCCCCUACAUUGUGGAAAUUACCAUUCCUUGAAAUUAUUGAGAUCGAUCUUUUGCCUAAUUGGGAAGAGUGGACUAUGGGAGUAGAAGAAGAUGGAGUGAUUAUCAGUACAACUAUUUUGCCAUGUCUCCGUAAUUUGGUCAUCUCAAGUUGUCCAAAGCUGAAGACAUUGCCAGCUCUUGGAAAACUAGCAUCCCUUGAAUCCAUUAAAAUUGAGGGAUUACAAGGGUUAACACAUUGGGAUGAGUGGGAAUUGGGAGUGGAUGGGAAGGAGAUUAAGAUUAUGCCAUGUCUUCGUAUAUUGAAGCUUUACAAGUGCCCAAACUUAAGUGUUGUACUGGCUACUGGGGUACUUGUGUCACUUGAACAGCUUUCAGUACAUUCUUCGAGGAAAAUAAAAUACAUUGGUGAACUCUGCGAAGGUGGGGGGAGUGAUGGUAAUGAUUUAUUCCCUGAGUUGGAAUCACUUGAGUUUGGAGGUAUGGAAAAUUUGGAGGAGUGUGAGACUAGGAGAACGAUUAUAAAACACCGGCAAAUAAUGCCUUGUCUUAGGAGCUUAGUACUUUGGCAUUGUCCCAUGUUAGUUGCACCACCACACCAUCUCUUCCUGCUGCCUCAUAUAUCACCACCACUCCUAAGGAAGCUGGUUAUAGGAGAUAGUCCAUUUUUGAGUUGGAUGCAACAGCCACCAUUGCCACCUUCAUCAUAUGUUUUACUGCCAUUCCUUGAGGAGUUAGAGUUGUUAUACAAUGCAGGUUCUCUAUCAAGGUCACUGUUAUCACCAGAUAAUAGUCAGAUGUGGUUCCUCAACCUCAAGUCUUUGAUUCUCACUGGUUCACCACAUACAUCACUUCCCCAAGGCAUAGGACAACUCACAAUGCUACAGAGAUUAACAAUCCGGAGUUGGAACAGAAUGACAUAUAUGUCAGAGGAGAUACAACAUAUGGCCAUGCUUCGAGAGCUAAGGAUUUUAUGUUGUGAGAUUCUUGGACCACGAUGUCAAGAAGGAGCAGCAGAUUGGGGCAAGAUAUCAUACAUCCCCUCAAUUAUAGUUGGUGGAAUUUUUGUUGAGCACCAAUGA